CCCGCCUCUCGCGCAACCCGUUUCCGGCGUUGGAACGCGGCGGUGGUUGGCUGGCGAGGCAGACAACAUGGCGGCGUCCGUGCUGGGCUCGCUGCUGCGGACUUUCCGGCAGGCGGUUCCUCCAUCUGCAUCAAGUCAAGUUCGAGGUUACUAUGUAGACUGGAAAAUGUUGCGUGAUGUGAAGAGACGAAAAAUGGCUUAUGAGUAUGCAGAUGAGAGACUUCGGAUCAAUUCACUCAGAAAGAACACCAUUUUGCCAAAAGACCUUCAGGAAAUGGCUAGUGAAGAAAUUGCUGCCCUUCCACGGGACAGCUGCCCUGUGAGAAUCAGAAAUCGGUGUGUUCUGACAUCCCGUCCACGUGGUGUAAAGCGUCGCUGGAGGCUUAGUCGCAUUGUCUUCCGCCACUUAGCUGACCAUGGGCUACUUUCUGGAGUUCAGAGAGCAAUAUGGUAAAUCAGUUUCAGAAUUUACUCAGCUGCCCACGAAGCCAAUCCUGGCAGAAGAGACUUUACUAAUAGACUAAAGUUUUUAUCAGGUCUGGUAUGUUUAGUCUACCUGAUACUGUUGAGUUAAAGUACUUUUAGAUUUUUAAAUGAUUUAAUGUGGUGAUUUGUCAUGAAAUUGUCUUUUUUAUUUAAUUUUACAAUAUGCAUAUUAAUCUCAUACAAGGAAUGAGUGGAAUAAAAAUAUUUUCUGUGGAAGUAUGGUGUUUUCCUUCAAGUUUGAUGUUUAAUAACAGAAUAAUGUGUUUUUUAAUAGUGAUUUCACAAAACAGUUAUAGACAUCCCAGCUAAUUGACAAGUUGCUUUUCUAUGGCAUUGUACCCCCGGGCUAGCUUCCCUGGCCAGCAAUUACUACCACUUUUGGUGCUAACAGUAGCAGUAGAUGGCGAGUUAAAGAGGAUAUUUUAGAUUACAUUUAGUAUCAACUUUUUGUGACAGGAAAUAACUGCUAAAUAGCUUUUUGUUUCAUCUUUUGUAAUGGUUAUAUUAAUCAGUGAAUUCAGAUAGGGCUAGCCUGAUCUUUGCAUUUAAAACUCACCUGUUGCCAGUGGCUUACACAUUUCACUGAUGACUGUUUAUCCCGAUCUUGUCAUUAAGGAUCGUAGUGAUUUUCUAAUUCUAUCUUUGCUCCGUCAGCUUCUCUUUUUCUUUGUAGAGAACUUUCCCUAUCAAGAAUUACUAAAUGCAUUUAAUGUGUAAUAAAUUUUCAGAGUAAACAAGUUGGUACACAUACCAAUAAAAAUGGAAAUAAAUUCAUUCUUCAUUCCUGUGAA